AUGGAUGAUUCACUUUAUGAUGAAUUUGGUAAUUAUCUUGGGCCAGAAUUACCUGAUACCGAUGAGGAAGAAGAACAAGUUGUUCAACCAAUGCAAGAAAUUGAGGAUCAAGAAGAAUAUGAAGAGACUGAGGUGACUUCCGGCAUGGCUCUAAUGGAAAUAGAAGAUAUUCCUUCAAAUCAGGUUGUGCUUCAUGAAGACAAGAAAUAUUAUCCAAGUGCUGAAGAAGUUUAUGUGGAUAUGAUGAAUUUUCCUGAAUUAGUGAGAAAUAUUGCUAUUGUGGGUCAUGUACAUCAUGGAAAAACAUCAUUUGUUGAUAUGUUGAUAUAUGAAACACAUACUUCUGUAGCUUGGGAUGUUGAUAAACAGGAACGUUACACUGAUACACAUAUAUUAGAAAGAGAUCGUGGUGUUAGUAUAAAAAGCAUGCCAAUGACUCUUGUUUUGCAAAAUACUAAAGGAAAAUCUUAUCUAUUCAAUAUUCUAGAUGCUCCAGGACAUGCUGAUUUUGUGGACGAGGCUACAGCUGCACUUAGAUUGGCUGAUGGUGCUAUUCUAAUUGUCAUGGCUAACACAGAGCGUAUAAUAAAGCAUAUUAUACAAGAAAAAUUGUCAUUCACAUUAGUGGUUAAUAAAGUCGAUAGAUUAAUAUUGGAAUUGAGACUGCCUCCCAAUGAUGCUUACUUUAAACUUAAACAUACAAUCGAAGAAGUUAAUACAGUGAUUAGCCAAUACGCCCCAGGUCAAGAUAUUCGUGUGUCACCUGAACGUGGAAAUGUAUGUUUUGCUUCUAGUCAGAUGGGAUGGUGUUUUUCCUUAAGAUCUUUUGCAAAACUUUAUUCCGAUGCUUAUGGCGAUAUAGACCCUGACGAGUUUGCAAAACGUUUAUGGGGUGAUAUUUAUUAUAAUCCUAUAAAAAAAUCUUUUAGUAGAAAAAGUCUUGAAAGAGAUAGUCAACGCUCUUUUGUUCAUUUCAUCUUAGAACCUUUAUUCAAAUUAUAUGCUCAGGUUAUUGGGGAAGAUGAAAAUACAUUGAAACGUACAUUAGCAUCUUUGGGUAUUUGCUUAAAAGCAUCACAUUUUCAAUUGGAUGUCAAACCAUUGCUUAGAAUAAUAUUAGAUCAAUUUUUUGGUCCUCCAAUUGGUUUUGUGGAUAUGGUUGAACAUAUUUACACAGGAACAAUGGAUUCAACGGUGGUAGAGUCAAUGCGUAAUUGUGAUUCGGGUGGUCCAUUGAUGAUAUACAUUACCAAAUUGUAUAAUUCAGCCGAUGCUUCAACAUUUGAUGCAUUCGGUCGUAUCAUGAGUGGUACAAUUAGAAAAGGUCAAUCUGUAAGAGUUCUUGGUGAGGGUUACUCAACAGAAGAUGAGGAAGAUAUGACCAUACAGGAUGUCACUAAUGUCUGGAUAUUCGAAUCUAGAUAUAGAAUUGAAGUUGGUGGAAUGCCAGCAGGAAGUUGGGUACUAUUGGGUGGUGUUGACAAUUCAAUAGUAAAGACAGCAACAAUAACUGAAAAGAAUAUCGAUGAGGAUUUAUAUAUUUUUAGACCAUUGUCUUUUAUCACUACUGCUGUACUUAAAGUGGCUGUUGAGCCUGUCAAUCCCUCAGAACUACCCAAAAUGUUGGAUGGUUUAAGAAAAAUAAAUAAAAGUUAUCCUAUUCUAAUCACAAAAGUUGAAGAAUCUGGAGAACAUAUAAUACUUGGUACAGGAGAAUUAUAUCUGGAUUGUGUCCUUCAUGAUCUUCGUAGAAUGUAUGCUGAAAUCGAACUUAAAGUUUCUGAUCCGGUGGUUCGAUUCUGUGAAACAGUGGUUGAUACCUCUGCUUUGAAAUGUUUUGCAGAAACCCCAAAUAAAAAGAACAAAUUAACAAUGAUAGCAGAGCCGUUAGAGAAAGGUAUAGCAGAAGAUAUCGAGUCUGGUAAAGUUAGUAUAAAAUGGCCAAUCAAAGAUAUUGCAAAAUAUUUUGAAGAAAAAUAUUCAUGGGAUGUACUGGCUGCUCGUUCUAUAUGGGCUUUUGGACCUGAUGAAAAUGUAAGACAAGGGUUUCAAUGGGGAACUCGUGAAGGGCCAUUAUGUGAUGAACCAAUUCGUAACGUAAAGUUUAGAAUAUUGGAUGCAGUUCUUGCACCAGAACCUAUUUAUAGAGGUGGUGGCCAAAUCAUUCCUACUGCAAGACGUGCAACACCAAGAUUAAUGGAACCCGUUUACUAUGUUGAGAUACAAGCGCCAGCAGAUUGUGUAUCGGCUGUAUACACAGUCCUAGCAAGAAGAAGAGGACAUGUAACACAAGAUAUUCCUAAACCGGGUUCACCAUUGUACACUGUUAAAGCCUACAUUCCAGUAAUAGAAGCUAAUGGUUUUGAAACUGAUAUGAGAACUCAUACACAAGGUCAAGCAUUUUGUCAACAAAUGUUUGAUCAUUGGCAGAUUGUUCCUGGAGAUCCAUUAGAUAAAUCAAUUGUACUUAAACCAUUAGAACCUAGUCCUGCUCAACAUUUAGCAAGAGAUUUUAUGGUUAAAACUAGACGACGUAAAGGUUUAUCCGAAGAUGUUUCUGCCAACAAGUUUUUUGAUGAUCCCUUACUUCUUGCACUUGCACAAUCUGAUAUACUUGGUGCACAAAAGUAUUGUAAAGUUUCAGCCCAUGACAAUGUUAUGAGCUAUGCUAGUUUAAUACAAGACCUUGCUCUUGAUACUUUUACUGUGAUUUUAGAUUAUGCUGAAAAUAGUUUACCAGAACAUUCAAGUACCAAUGAAUUAACAUGGAAGAAAAAAUUAAACUGUGAUUACUGGUUCCACGAAACUGAGAGAAAAAUAUAG